CUUCCCUAAUAUGUAUGCUCUGUUGGGGACUAUUUCAGAUGCCAUAUUUGGAAGAAUGGUCGGCAAUCGAAGAGAAUUAUUCAACUUCACUAUCAGGAGCUAUCAAAGCUUUGCAGGAUACCCUGCUUCGACUUCCAAUCAAUGGAAACGUGAGGGUUGACUUCAGAGAGGUAGAGGAAGCUUUAAAUUCAGCAUCAAAUGUGAUGGGAAUAAUAUCAUUCCAUCUUGGAAGCUUUUUACCUAAGGCCGAGAGACUGGUUCGUCUGAUUUCAGAAUUGGCUGAGGUGGCCAGCAGAGAAAGAGCCCUGGUUGAAGAAUGUGGAGAUCUAUUAACAAAAACACAUAUGUUACAGGUGGAAGAGUCCAGUUUAAGGGGUCAACUAAUCCAAUUGAGCUGGAGCACUACUGGUCAAUCAAGGGAAGAAUAAGAUUGAAGUCUAUUUCUGCGAUUUCUUUUUUCGCAAGUUCUAUUUUAGCCAAGAAGCUGCUUAUGUUUGCAGUAUAGAAAAUCAAAUGCUCAGGUUCGGGGCUCCAAGUGUUGAAGUUUUCUUCCUUGUAUAAUAAUCUGGAGCAUGUUUAUAUUUUCUGCUAUGAAUUUGCAAGGGAUGUGAUGAAACCAAAGUAGGCAAAGCUCAUAAACUCAGUUGCUGCUAUCGGCUAAAAUGCUCUCUCCACAAUCCCUUCCCCUCGCCUCCCCUCCCUGUGAUAAAUGAUAAAUCUCCAAUUAAUCGAUAUGUGUAGCGUC